ACUGUGCUGUGUGCUUUCGGAGGAGGAGGUGGUGGAGGCUUUUGGAAAAGGAGGAAGAGGUGGCGUUGGGGAGGGGGGAUCUCUUUCCCCGUUGGAGAUGAUCGUGCUAUUCCUCUUUGCCUCGCUCUGGAUGCUGGAGGGGGCCCUCGGCCAGCUCCAUUACACGGUGCAGGAAGAACAGGAGCAUGGCACGUUCGUGGGGAAUAUCGCCGAAGACCUGGGCUUGGACAUUACAAAACUUUCGGCUCGCCGUUUCCAGACGGCGUCCAACUCCCGCAGCCCUUACCUGGAGCUCAACCUGGAAACCGGAGUGCUCUACGUGAACGAGAAGAUCGACCGCGAGCAGAUCUGCAAGCAGAGCCCCUCCUGCCUGCUGCACCUGGAGGUCUUCCUGGAGAACCCCCUCGAGCUGUUCCGGGUGGAGAUCGAGGUGCUGGACAUCAACGACAACCCACCCUCCUUCCCCGAGCCCGACCUCACCGUGGAGAUCUCGGAGAGCGCCACGCCGGGCACCCGCUUCCCCCUGGAGAGCGCCUUCGACCCCGACGUGGGCACCAACUCUCUGCGCACCUACGAGAUCACUCCCAACAGCUACUUCUCACUCGACGUGCAGACGCAGGGCGACGGCAACCGCUUCGCCGAGCUGGUGCUGGACAAGCCGCUGGACCGCGAGCAGCAGGCGGUGCACCGCUACGUGCUGACCGCGGUGGACGGCGGGCAGCCCCAACAGCGCACCGGUACCGCCCUGCUCACCAUCAGGGUGCUGGACUCCAACGACAACGUCCCCGCCUUCGAGCAGCCCGUCUACACCGUGUCGCUGCCGGAGAACUCGCCGCCGGGCACGCUGGUGCUGCAGCUCAACGCCAGCGACCCCGACGAGGGACAGAACGGCGAGGUCAUCUAUUCCUUCAGCAGCCACAUAUCGGCCCGCGCACGGGAGCUCUUCGGCAUCGCGCCGCGCACCGGGCGCCUGGAGGUGAGCGGCGAGCUGGACUACGAGGAGAGCAGCGUGUACCAGGUGUACGUGCAAGCGAAGGACCUGGGGCCCAACGCCGUGCCGGCGCAUUGUAAGGUGCUGGUGCGGGUGCUGGACGCCAACGACAACGCGCCCGAGAUCAGCUUCUCCACCGUAAAGGAGGCGGUGAGCGAGGCGGCGGCGCCGGGCACCGUGGUGGCCCUCUUCAGCAGGCGCUUCGCCCGCCUCCCCGUUCUGAUUCACCUGCCGGCUGCAGGAGAGGGAGGGACGAAACAUCAGCGUGCUGAGCUCAGUUAUCUAGUUGACAGACCCCGACGGGUAAACAGUUCUGCAUUCCAGGAAGCAGACAUAGUAAGCUCUAAGGACAGUGGUCAUGGAGACAGUGAGCAAGGAGACAGUGAUCAUGAUGCCACUAAUCGAGGUCAAUCCUCUGGCAUGGAUCUCUUCUCCAAUUGCACAGAGGAAUGUAAAGCACUGGGCCACUCAGAUCGGUGCUGGAUGCCUUCCUUUGUCCCAUCUGACGGACGCCAAGCUGCAGAUUACCGCAGCAAUCUGCAUGUACCUGGCAUGGACUCCGUUCCAGACACUGAAGUGUUUGAAACGCCAGAAGCCCAGCCGGGGGCAGAAAGGUCCUUCUCCACCUUCGGCAAAGAGAAGUCUCUUCACAACACUCUGGAGAGGAAGGAGUUGGAUGGACUGCUGUCUAAUACACGAGCGCCUUACAAACCACCAUAUUUGACAUUUGCCAUCUCUGGAUCUCAAAGUGGAUUAUAAAGAAUAGUGAUUUAAACCUUCCUGCACCUCUAGGAGAUAGCACGGAAAAGGAUAUGCUAGUCACUUCUACAGGACUUACCUGAAGCAGCAUGAUUUGCACAAAAGUCGACCAACAAAAAGCAUCAACUUUCAACUUCAUUAUCUUGGCCAUCCAGUUCUGUCUAACUGAAGGAUUUGUGUGCUGUUGGAGACAUCAUGGCCAACAAUAGGACCUAAUUGCUCUCAGCAGGCCUGAGAAAUGAGUUGAAAUGUGUAGAACUGUAGAAACUUCAGAGGCAACUGAUCUUGCCUCUCUGAUCAGUGUGUGCCUGUUUACAGCACUAUAUAUCUUUCUCUCUCCAAAAUGUCACUGAGCCCUUUAGAUGUUUAUAAUCACCACAAGAAGCCAAUCGUACAGAUAAAAGAAAUGUGCAUUAUAAAUGCAAUAUCACUGUUUUAAACUUGACUGUUUUAUAUUAUUUUUGUGUGAUCAAGUGUUCCCCAAACUAUUCCAACUUUACAAGAGAGAUUGUGAUCAUGUUCUUUUCACCCGUGGGUCACAAAAAUGUUGUUAAUCUGAAGACCCACCAAAUUAUCGAAGACAUUCUGUAGUUUAUACACCGUGUUGCAAAGUGUUUACUGUACUAUUUCAAAGCUUCUAAAUAAAUAUAAAAUAUAUAUAUAUUAUAUUAUAUAUAAUUUUGAGAAAAAUGUGGUACAACUUAGUUGAUUUUUAAAUGGAUUCAUACAGUCUACACCAUACACUAAAAUGAGAAGGUAAUUCAGGGUUCCUAAGCUAUCCUUGCUAAAAACAAAUAUAAAAUAAACCUUUAAUAGUACUUCCCCAAUAUUCGUAUCUUGGUCAAUCCUGUUUUUCUUAGUUUAAAAAAAAAAAAAAA